AUGGCUCACCCUCAGGGAGUAGCUCCCGUGCCAACUGGUCCUCAUCGAAUGCAGCAUGACAUGGACCUUCUCCUCUUGCACCUGCUCGAGUUCCAGGGCCACCACGGCCAACUUGGCGUCCGUCGGCUCAUUCACGCAUGGGAUUGGGAGGGCGUUCUUGGAGGAUUCGAGCUCUCUGCCAUCCUGCAGAAUCCGAUGACUCUCGACAGCGUCCGGAUGGCCCAGGCCCGAGUUCGUGCGGAGGCACAAGUUGCUGCGAGGGCCAAUCUUGCACAGGCCAUUCGUCGGAACAAGGAGCGGCGAGGCCGCAACUACAUGGCCGUUCGCGAAGGCUCCGUCAUCGACCGCAUCGACCGCAUCUACGACAGCGUCCGCAACUUCGUCGAGCUCGUUCUCCGCGUCCAGCACACUCUCCGCACCAUCGUCAACUCCGAGAGGUUCAAGCUGGUCGUUGCCGCGCUUCUCUGCAUUUGCAUCUCUCUCAUCUCGUGCAUGUUGACCGUGGUCGUCCACGGACACUUCUCUGGAUAUACUCAGAAGUCUGACUUGCUGGCCAUUAGUGGCUAG